CGGCUCUCCCCAGGCCCCGCCCCGCCCACGGCAGCCCUUCUGUCGUCACUUCCUGUGUGUCUGCUUGGCUAAGGGAGAAGAUGGCGGCGCUGGGGGAACCUGUACGGCUGGAGAGGGACAUCUGCAGAGCAAUUGAAUUGUUGGAGAAACUACAGAGAAGUGGAGAAGUGCCACCACAGAAACUUCAGGCUUUACAAAGAGUCCUUCAGAGUGAGUUCUGCAAUGCUGUGAGAGAGGUGUAUGAACAUGUCUAUGAAACUGUUGACAUCAGUAGCAGUCCUGAAGUGAGAGCUAAUGCAACUGCAAAGGCUACUGUUGCUGCAUUUGCUGCCAGUGAAGGACACUCACAUCCUCGAGUUGUUGAACUACCCAAAACAGAAGAGGGCCUUGGAUUCAAUAUUAUGGGUGGCAAAGAACAAAACUCUCCAAUCUAUAUAUCACGGAUAAUUCCAGGUGGAAUUGCUGAUAGACAUGGUGGCCUCAAACGAGGAGAUCAACUCCUUUCUGUUAAUGGAGUGAGCGUUGAAGGAGAACAUCAUGAAAAGGCUGUGGAGCUGCUAAAAGCAGCUCAAGGGAAGGUGAAGUUAGUCGUGCGCUAUACACCUAAAGUCUUGGAAGAAAUGGAGUCCCGCUUUGAAAAGAUGAGAUCAGCAAAACGCAGGCAACAGACCUAAUCCACUCCAAACCUUAUCAUCCAUUUGCUUCUAGCUAGAAAAGUUUUACUUGUGACCUACUGAUGGCCUCAUUGCCAGUGAUUGUAAAAAACAAAAAAAAAAAAAAAAAACUUACUGUGCAAAACUCUCCUUGCCAUUUUAUAAAAAAAAGCCUGUUUUACCAUCACUAUGGUUGUAGAGAUACAGAGCUCUUUCCUGACAGAGAAAGUGGAAGGUGAUGAGGACGAUUCCGUCUGCUGUUUCUACAGGCCUUUUUCAAUGCAGAUUUUGUCAUAAAGUUGUUAUAGAUUUUUAAUAACGCUUUUUUAAUAUUAAAAUGUACUUUUACAUUCUUAAUCUUUUUUUAGAAAAAAUGGUUCUUUUUAUUUGGUGACUUAUUUAAAAGUAACAGUUUUCCAAUUUUUCCCUUCCCUCUCCCCUUUGACUUACUGUAUUCUCGUUAUCUGUGAGAUUUCUUUACAGUUUUCCAGGAAAUUAAACAUAGCAGUCUCACCUAGAGAAAUUCAUUAUUGUCAAUGUUCACAUCUCUGCUGCAUUUUGUACUUGGAACAUACAUGUAUUUAUAAUCAGUGGUAAACCAUAGCAGUGGGGGUUUUUAUUUUUGUUUAAACAGUGUAUAAUGGGUAUCAUUUAUACUGAUUUAUAAAAGUAAGUUUUUAAACACUGAAGAAGUCAUUGCUAAAAUAUGUAUUCUUUUAUAAUAUUUAAGCAGUGAGGCAAGAGGGUGUGGUUUAUUAGCAUUUCCAAUUAUAUUCCUUAUUUAUAUUUAACAAUAUAUCAUAAAUUAUAAAGCUUAAGCUCAGAUUCCAUCUUUUGCAAUUUUUAUUGGUAUUCAUUUUUAUUUAAAUAUAUUUCUCAUAUUUGUUUCUUCCAUUCCUAGAGAUGAGCCAGUUUGUGAUGGGAAACAAUGAAAGCAGAAGGAAAAGUAAGACUUAACUUCACUAGCCUAAAGAGCUAUUCAUUUUUAUUACCUCAAUUUAAAAAAUUGAUUUUAAGUUGAAUAAAGAGAGGAUAAAUUUAAGAUGCAAAGGAAUUACGAGUCAAUUUCAUAAGAAUUUCCAAUAGGAAUUCAAAGUUGUUUGGAUCUAGAGAUACAGUCUUUAUGAUUCAAAUAGUGAAAGCUUGUCACUUGUCCACUGGAUGUCACUUUUUACUAAAAGGCAGCUAUUAGUGUGUGAUUGUGACUAAGAUUUUCAAAAGUCAUAAUUUAAAAGUUGCAAUUCAUUUUUAGUCACAUUUAACAUGUUAAAAAGAACAUGAUAGAUUGAAAACUAUAAGGUAUUGUCCUUAUUGAUCCUUUGUUUUAAAUAUGGGCAUUUUGUGACCCCUUGGGGAGGAAUAGAAAUGCAUCCACUUAUCUGCAUGCUUGUGAGCACUGAGAUUCUUGAGAUUAUUCCAGUUGUCAGUGAUUUUUUUUUUUCAGAAUAAAAGUCAACAUUAUUUAUCACUUAGGUAUUGAACACUGGAUUGCAUGGUUGAAUGUGUCUUCAGUCCACUACAAAAUGUGCUCGGUGUUAAUAGAUCAUGAUGUUAAAUUGUAUAUUUUCAAAAUUUACUGAUAUGUUUAAAAUGUUGAGACCAAAGUAGUGUAGAAGAGUUAUGGACCUAUUAUAAUUUAAUUGUAAGAUUAUUAGAGGUAUUUGUUGUAAAAUUUUAUAUAUUAAAGAAAGGUAUUGAUAUGUAUAAAACAGUAAUAUUGUUAUGCUUGUAUUCUUGCAUAGGGUUUAUAAACCCUGAAGAAAUCUUAUUUUAGUACAGCUACAGCUGCUCUUGCUUUUAAGAAUGUAUCAAUAUUUCAUCAUAAAGUAUAGCUUCCUGGUUUGAUAUUUCAGAACUUUCAGCCAAAUUUUUUUGUUUUGUAUUGUUGGGUGUUGAAGCUUUGUAAGUUGAGUAAGUUGGACUUUUUUUUCCUUACAAUCUGUUCUUUGUGUGUGUUGGCACCUAUUUAUACUUCUUAAAAUUUGGAUAAUUUAAAGGAGAAAAUUUACAGUACUUUUUCCUGAGUCAGUUGAGCAUGACUAGCAAUAGCUUGUUUUCAUUAACACGGUUCUUACAGAGUAACGUGGAAUUUUAAAUUCUGAUCUUAGAAAAAUUCAUUCAGUGGCAAAGAUGUACAAUAGUUGUCUAGUGUCAUAAAGAAGUGAAGGGAGUUUGUAUCUUAUGGAUGGAUGAUUUGUGAAUAAAACUAGGAACGAGGUAUAUAAUAGGUGUUUGAUUUAUAAAUUACAAAUAUAAAUGAUUCCCUCAGCAUUUCAUUUUAUUUUCUUAUAAAUUUCAAAAUGAGCUAACUUUGAUUCUCACCCUUUAUUGCAUAUGCAAUGCCCUGUAGAACUUUGAAAACACUGAUACCUGUAACCUUCCUGUAACAGCUAAGUCAGAAUCAUUUUGAAAAACUCAUUCCCAGGAUUCUGAUGGGCACCCAGGUUUGAGAACCACUAACUUUCCCUUCAUAAGAUGAUGACACUGGACUGCUUGCAGGGAUAAGAACAUAGGAUUCAGUCUGCAGGUACCCAUGGGUAGCUAUGCUUCUUGGUACUGCUUUGGAAUAAAAGGUACUUGGCAGUCCUUAUUUUGAAAGUAAUUAUAGUUAACCUUUUUCCUUUGUAAAGAAUAAAUAAAAUUACCAUAUCUUUAAAUGUAAACUUUCAGUGCUUUUUUGUCCCUUUGCUUUUAAAACUUAGAGAAAUAAGCUGCUUAUUUGAAAAGGCAUGUUUAAAAGUUGCAGAUGAGAAUUAUUGUCAUUGGUAAUUAUGAGCUGCUUUAAUAUGGCCACUUUAUCCAUCAAUAAUACAGUGGCCUUGUUCUUUAGGGUUCAGUGUUUCACUUUCUUUAAGAAAAUCAUGAUCCUCCUCUAAAUUUUUUAGGAAUUUUGCUCAAGUACUUUGUUUACAAUUAAAAUGGAUUAUACACUAAUAGAAGAAAUGGUUAUGGCUUACCUGGAAAGAAUUUCAGCAUGAAGAAUACAUGUGAAUAUUUACAAUGUGGAAUGAUCAUUGACAUAUAAGGACUAGUGAUUGUAUUUCUCAAAUAAAUGUAUGUUUGUGAAUUUUC